CCAGCCAGGGUGGUGCUUGUGUGGGAAGACUUUAAAUCCAGCUGCCAGACCCCUGGACAAGCAGAAAGGGCUGGUCACCAUGCACAGUUCCUGCAGUUUCCUUCUGCUUCUGCUGCUGCCACUGCUACUACUGGUGGCCACUACGGUCCCUGCUGGAGCCCUCAAAGAUGAUGAGAAACAUAUGCUGGUAGAGCUGCACAACCUCUACCGUUCCCAGGUGUCCCCACCAGCCUCAGAUAUGCUGCAAAUGAGAUGGGACGAGGAACUGGCCGCCUUUGCCAAAGCCUACGCACAGCAGUGCAUAUGGGGCCACAACAAGGAGCGCGGGCGGCGCGGCGAGAACCUGUUCGCCAUCACCGACAAGGGCAUGGACGUGCCUCUGGCCAUGGAGGAGUGGCACCAGGAGCGCGAGCACUACAACUUCAGCGCCGCCACGUGCAACCAGGGCCAGAUGUGCGGCCACUACACUCAGGUGGUUUGGGCCAAGACAGAAAGGAUUGGCUGUGGUUCCCACUUCUGUGAGAAGCUCCAGGGUGUUGAGGAGACCAACAUUCAAUUACUGGUGUGCAACUAUGAACCUCCGGGGAACGUGAAGGGGAAAAGGCCCUACCAGGAGGGGACUCCCUGCUCUCAGUGUCCCCCAGACUACCGCUGCGCGAAUUCCCUCUGCGAACCCAUCAGAAGCUCGGAAGAUGGUCAGGAUUUGCCUAACCUGGUAACCAAGGCACCAUCUUCCCUGGCAACUGUCUCUACAAAAAUGAGUACUCCUUCUUCCGUAGCAACAGAGAUUCCAUCCUUCUUGGUAACAGAGGUCUCAAGCUCCCUGGCAACCAAGGCUCUGCCUGCUGUAGAAACCCAGGCCCCAACUUCUUUAGAAAUGAAAGACCCCUCUUCCAUGGCAACAGAGGCUCCAUCUGUAACAGCAGAAUCCCCUUCCAUUUUGGCAACACACAGCCGGCUUUCCUUGGAUAAGGAGCUGGUUAACUUUCCCAAAUCAACCCAUAUUCCUAUCCCCAAGUCAGCAGACAAAGAGACCAGCAAAACAAGGGCACCCUCCAUGAGCCCAGAGAAAUUUCUGCACCCCAAGAUGUUCCUAACAGGGAAGCCCCUAUACCAUGCCCAGGAAAAGGCUGAGGCUGAGGCCAAGGCUGAGUUGCCUUCUUCCAGUGAGGUUUUGGCCUCAGUUUUUCCAGCCCAGGACAAGCCAGGUGAACUGCAGGCCACACUGAACCACAUGGGGCACACCUCCUCCAACUCCCUGUCCAAUUCCCCCAAUACCUCUGCCACUGCUAAUGCCAUCGGUGGGCGUACCUUGGCCCUGCAGUCAUCCUUGCCAGGUGCUGAGGGCCCUGAGAAGCCUGGCGUUAAGUCGUCGGGGCUGAACUUGGGCUCUGGUCAUGUGUGGGGCCCUCAACUGGGACUACUGCUAUUGCCUCCCCUGAUUUUGGCUGGAAUCUUCUGAAGAGGACAUGACUCAAAGGCAAGGUCUGGUGCGGGGACCCCAGCCUCAUGCCCCUUCUGGAUUGUCUUUCUCCAAGUGAGAGCACAGCUUUCCGGGCAGGUUCUGCUCUGUGACCCAGCAGUCCCCUUCAUCCUUGCUUCUAUCGAGACUUUAGGCUUGCACUGGUUUCCUUCAGGGC